UAAUUGUAAUUGUAUUAUAUUAUCUGCAAGUACACUUUUGUCUAAAAGUAUACUUUUCAAAAAGUAUACUUUCAUGAGUUUAAGCACACAAAAAGUACACUUUCAAUACAAUUAAGCACACUUCUUUUUCACAAGGGUGUAUUAGCUGAGUUAAUUGUUAGCAUUAGCACACGUGGUGUGUGCUCAAAUGUGCUGUGUGCUUGCACGUGCUGAACUGAGUAACGGCGCCAUUUUAGGUGGCUUUUCUUGUCUUUCUGUUUUUAAUUUUAUACCAAAAAUAUGAAAAUGUUGGUUGCUUAAAUGUAUUGUCUGUCUGCAAUUGUAAAUUGAUGAGAAAUGAGAACAGAGACAGUGAGUUGUACUUUAUUUCUUUAAUGUAUGUCCUAUUUUUUAAUUUUAAUUCCACUAUACGAUCACUUUGUAAAAUGUACGAGCAGAGUUUCACAUCUCUCCUGCUGAUCUGUGAGCAACAUUUGAUGCGUGAAUGCACUGCCCACUAACCAGCUUUUGGUUGUUUGUGUCAGCCUGUUUGUCUCAGGCUCAGUAAAGACUAUUCUUGAGUGACCAUCCACCUGCUCUCUGUGUGAUUCCAUCCGCACAAACACACACAGUCAUACACAUAUAUAUAUAUAUAUAUAUAUAUAUGCACAUUUUGAGUUGUGAAAAAAUAAUGAAAAAAUGUAUUUCUGGUUAAACUGUAUACCUGAAACGGUAGAAUUUUGCAAUGUUAUGGCACUAUAUGCAUGUUCAACAUGUUGACCUCCAGUGUGAAGUAGUCAUUUAGUUUUAUACAGUUUGCACAUUUUCGAGUUGUGAAAAAAUAAUAAUAAAUAAAAUAAUAAUAAUAUAAUAAAAUGUUGCUUGAAUUGUUAUGCCUCUGCUUGUCUAUUUGUUUGAAUUGUGUCGCAUGUUUAGUAUGUCCGUCCCCUCUUGAUAAGUCCUGUAUUUACAUUUAUUCAUUUAGCAGAUGCUUUUAUCCAAAGCGACUUACAAAUGAGAACAAUAGAAGCAGUUAAACUAACAGUAGGACAAGUGCUAUAACCCCUCUCAGUUUAAUUUUAGUGCAUUUUUUAAAUUUAUUUAUUUAUUUUUAAAAUAGAAUAGAAGAGAAAAGAAAGUGUAGUUGUAAUGUAUUUUAUUGAUGUGCCUAUUGACAACUGGCCAGGGACUACGGCUGGAAAUUAGCCGCUCUUUUUUAUCAAAAAGGGACUGUUCAUGUCAUUAUAAACUAAUAAACUAAACUAAAAUGAUUUCUGAUUAAACCGUAUACAUGAAAAGGUCACAGUUAUGUGGUUUUGUGGCACAGCAAAUAAAAUGCCAAAAAUAUAACUUCUUAAAAAGAAAAAAAUCUUCCUAGAAAAUUUUUGAAAAUGUUGUGGAAAAGAAAAAAAAGUUAUUUAGCAAGAAAACUGACAAAAUUGUUUUAUUUUUCCAAAUGAGAAAUAAAAGCCUAAUGUGACAUGUAACAUAAAAAAUGUAUCAUAAACACCUAAUGUGACAUGUAACAUUACAGAUCUUUGGCAAGGAGUGGUUGUACUUAAAAAAACAACAACAGCAGAAACAUGUUUUAAGUGGUCCAUUUAGUGUGUUUUAUAUACCCCAUAAUUUUCCUAUAAGAGGAAAUUGGUCCGGGUUCUUAAGGGUUAAACAUAUUCUAAGGAGACGCGUGAAAGCAAUGGCCAAUCUGGGAAAAUGAUUAUCUGUGAAUUGAAAUAAUAGGCUGGCAGCUGUAAAUGACCACACAUCACACUUCACUGGCACCGGAGUCCUGCCACUCCCUCAUUCACCUGCAGCUCUUCACCAGGUUUUCAAGUUCCCAAUGUCUCAAGGAUACCGAGGUUCCAGACUUUCCCAAAAUAAAUAUAGGGCCUUUUCACAAUGAGAAUCCAAUGCCCUGUACCUGCCAAAAGACCAAUCUUGCAAACCGGUUUGUGCCAAUUGAUGAACUGGAUGAUAUGCAGAAACGGCGGGCAGAAGAGUUCAGACAACACCAGAUAAGGACAGGGAAAGAAAACGAUGUUCUUAUUCUCGCCCCUGCCAACACCCCACUCCAGUAUCCAAUCAGAGGAUUCAGAGUGUCUCCCAUGAAGAAAACACUCAUUCCUGGUCUAGCGCUGCAAACACAAAGCAGAGUGGUUUACAAGGUGUCUCUAAGGGUGCAGAAAGGGCUGCUCUCAGUGGAUGUUCAGGAGGGUGAGCAGGUGAAUGGACUGAAUGAGAAACAUCUGAGCAUCUCAUCCAGCAACCUUCAACAGCUCAAUGAUCUUCUGAGCAGAGUGACCUACACCAGCACCAUCUACCACAUCAAGACCCAAGACCUCGCAUACUUCUCUUUUGAGAACCAUGAAGUCAUAUUCCCGAUUGAGAUCAGACGUCUGUCCGUUCCUGUUCUGUUUGACGUGGGAAAAGACAUAAACUCCCAGGUGACUGUACUAGUUAAAACUUUUUUGAGAUAUAAAGAACUAAAUGUCCUCAUCGAUAGUGUUCGUCGGCUCUACCCAAAAAUAAAGAUUAUUAUUGCUGAUGACAGUCUGCAACCAGAGAAGGUGGUCGGUGAGAAUAUAGAACACUAUGUAAUGCCCCCUGCACAGGGCUGGUUUGCAGGCAGAAAUCUGGCUGUGUCACAGGUCACCACUAAGUACUUCCUGUGGGUGGAUGAUGACUUUUUGUUUCUUAAUGAGACGCGUAUUGAAAGCUUUGUAAACAUUAUGGAAGCCGUUCCUGAACUAGAUGUGGUUGGUGGUGAGGUACAAGGAAAUCAGUUCUUGUUUAAGCUGGAAUAUGAGGAAGGGAGUAGCGAUGAAGGCGGCUGUAUAUCGCGGGUCAGCCGUACCCACGCGCCUCUGCCAGGUUUUGACGGCUGCUUCUUCGUGGAUGUAGUUGUCAACUACUUCUUGGGCCGGACGGAUGCUGUGCGACGGGUCGGCUUUGACCCGUUCUACAAAAGAGUGGCUCACGGUGAAUUCUUUGUUGACGGACUUGGAGAUUUAUUUGUUGUCACCUGCAAAGGUCUCAGAAUUGGUCACCAAAAAUAUGGUCGCACAGACAAGUAUGGUUCCUACAGGCAUCCUCCCAAAAGUGAUUCACAGACAAAAAUAAGUCACAAUUUUUUCAAGAACCAUCUAAAAUGCAUAAAAUACUAAGGGACACUUCAGAUUCCGGCUCUGAUUCUGAACAUUCUCUCGACUCCAUGCAUGCUGGGAUGUUUUUUAAACACUAAGGAGUUCACAUGUAUGUUGCAGAAUUGUCAGCUGGUUUUGACUUUUCCUUCAAUAGUACUUUUAAGUAAUACGAGUUGGAUCUUGUAACUAAAGAGCAUACUGAAAUGUAUAUGAGGGUAACAGGUAUUAUCGGUAUAAUGAGCUCAGGAUAAUGAGUAUGAAAAUUUUAGUGUCAUCUUCAUUUUUCUUCUUAGAAUGUAUUUCAUUGGGUUUUUUAUCUACUGCAUACAAACGUAUUUAAGUGUACACUACAGAAUGUUAAAGGUAUGCUAACGGUUGAAACAAGUGUAGCCAAGUCAAUAGGGGGCGACGUCAUCGGGUUGGGCUUUCAAACUGCCCUUGAAUAUUCCACUCCAAUUUUAAGGUGCGUUCCAUUCGACAGGGUCCCUACGCAGUGUUCACUGCUCCCUACUCCCUAAACACGGUACAUCAGUUGAAGUGGACUUCGCUGUCAAUAUUCACUCAUUUGGAAUGCCCUGAAACGUCAUCAAAAAAAGGCAACAACAGGGUCACGCAGAUUAUGAUAUAACUUAAUAAAAUGUUAAAUGUCUUAAUUAAAAUGUACUUUCCUUUCUAAUUUAAAAUCAUAUAGGCCUAUAGAUACAUUCAUCACCCCAAACCAUUCAUAAAUACUCUAGUUUGUAUAAUAAUAAUAAUAUUUAAGAAUACUCAAUGCAAAAUUUAAAUUUAAAAUCUCUUCUACCGACUCAAAC